AUGUUGAAACUCAGUGGAUUUUGGCUUAUUGUUCAGCUGUCUUUGGCAGCAGGAAUGAACUCUGAUCUGGACCAGGGUAUCACUGAGCUCCUGGACAGUCUGAACCUGGCAGUGAUGGAGGGACUUUCAUAUACAAGGAUGAAGGAAUACUCGGGCACUGUUGUGCACCAGGAGGAACCAAGACCGUCUGCACUAGUGGAGAAUGACACAAAAUACAGCCAUCAAACGAUAGUAAUCAUGGAAGAGGAACCUGCGGUGAUUGAGUCAGCCACUUACCUGUUCCAGAAGCAUCCCCGUUCAUCAAAUCUGCUAAUGUACCAUAAGAGGGCACUGUACGUUCUGCAAGGAAGCAAUUUGUUUUCGACUAGAAAUCAUGACAUUGUACUGGUUGGCCAUGGUAGUCAAAGCCCUACUGGAGCGGCCCAGUUGGCUGGUUAUGACCCAAAGGAACUUGCCAGAUUUGUUUUCAUCUUAAAAACUAAAACAAACAUUGGUCAUCUUGGUACCAUCAGCCUCAUAAGCUGCAAUAUUGGAAAUGACCAACACUUCAUGUUGCAGUUCCUACAAAGUCUCCGGUCUUUUAGUGUGGAAACAAAGCUCAACCUAUACAACACACUCCUGUCAGUUAAUUCUGAUGGUGAUAUACUGACGACAACUAACGGUGUCUGGAGGUCCCAUGAGCACUACAGCACAGUCAUAGCUGAACUGAACCAAAGAGGUGAUCUGGUGAUAAAAAAGGAACUUGGCUGUCCAGGACCAGUUUUUCACAAUUAUAAAGGAAAUAUUUUGUAUCUGCAGAUACUGGACUGGCCAAGCCACCCGCAAAUGUUUGUCCCAAUGGAGCUGCGCAAAAAGUAUCACUUUAUCGACUGCCUGGAGGGGCUGACUUGGAGCUUGUUUUUUGAGGAAAACGAAAGAAGGCGUGCUCCUGAUUAUACCACCGAUGAUUCAAGACACCUAAAAGCAAUUUGGCUUGAAAAGCCAGCGGCAGGAGAAGACAACAUUAUCCUGAAGCAUAUCAUAAGCAUUCAACAUCUGCUAGUGGAGAUACGGUACAAUGCCAGAGAGGAAAUUCCAUUGGACCUUUACUACGUUCUCAAUGAAUGCAUUUACAAAGUAAACGGGAAAACUCUGAAUGCAACUCUGGUGGGAAAAUUCAUGAAUCCUGACAAUCAAGUGGAAAUUGAAAAUUUUCUUCAGAGCUUUAAGGACCAGCAGGACGAGUCCUCCCUGGAGAAGCUGAGAGAGGGUCUCAAACCAUCAAAAUUCAAUGACUUCUGUCGCCAAACCUUCCAGUUUCAGCAGUGUAAUUACAACUGUGAGCGAUGGGGCCAUUAUUUCAUGGCAGCUGUGUUUUCAGCAUCGGUGCGUAACUUCAGAACCUUCUCACUUUUCCUCAUGACUGUCAUUGGUUGUGAAGUAGGCCAUUCACGGGGAAGUGACAGUCCCUUGUGCACAGCAUUUGUGAGGGAUGACCACCCCAUGAUAACCGAUCAACCCUGGCCUGAACAUUUGAAACGAGGAUUCUACGGCUGUGCUGUUGACAACUUUGAAAUGGCACCACAGAACAUGCAGAUUUGGUUAGAUCAAGUUGUUGCAAAGGAAAAUGCACUGUACAUUAAAUCAAAGCAGAUUAUGAGUGCUAUUAUCCAUGACGAGCAAACAGAGCUAGAUAUCUUUGGGAGGGUUAAAGUCAUGAAUAAGUACGCAUUUUCAUCUUAUCUUGAAUUCUUCCGAGGUACGCCCGAGGGGAAAAAACUCAAAAGAGGAUGUGCACCGUCUUUGCAUGGGAAUAUGAAUCCAUAA